CUUUCAGUAUUCUCUCUUCUCCACUAAUUCAGAUCAAAUUCAAGAUUCUUCUUCUUCUCAUCUCUAAGAAAAAUGGCGAGCAAUAUGGAAGUUUUCUGUGAGAUCUUAAUCGCUAUCCUUCUUCCACCUCUUGGAGUUUGUCUCAAACGUGGCUGUUGCACUGUAGAGUUCUUGAUUUGCUUGGUGCUGACAAUCUUAGGAUACAUCCCAGGGAUAAUUUAUGCACUUUACGUGAUCGUGUUUCAAAACCGUGAAGGCUCUCACGAACUCGGAGCACCACUCAAUUCAGCUUGAUCUCUUUACUCGGAUCAAUAUGUUGUUGAAACUGUAUUACUUAUCCUUUUUAUGUACCAAAUAAGUUGCUCUUCAAUUUUAUGUAUUGAAGAAUUGAGAACAUUGUCGUGCUGUUGACACAUUGCUUAUCUUUUCGUUAUAUAACUUGGUUGGAUUUUGCAAAUCAGGUUACGAACUCUGCUAAGUGUUAAUGUAUCAGAUUCUUUGCCAAAAUUUGUAUUGGCAAGAGUUUAAACUUGGGAAAUGCAGAAGCAUUUUUGAGUUGUUUAUUCUUAGGUUGAAUUCAUAUAUUGUGAUCCUCUAGGAUUAUGCCUAGAAAAGAUAGCUUUAUGUUACUUUGGCAAAUAAUGGCAAUGGUUGUGUGACAAUUGUGGAAUCAAAGUCUUAUCACAAC